UGAACAAUUCCAAAUAUUUUCUCAUACAUUUCUGGAUUUAUUCUUGGAAAAUAUUGACAAUUUUCACCUUAUAAUUUUUUCCUGAUUGGCUGCAAAUUUUUCUAUAUUCAGAAAAAAAAUCGUGCGAACUUUGCAGCAGUUUUCUCGAAAAGUUUGGAAAAAUGUAGAACUUAUUUUUGCAAAAAUGUGACAUACUGACAAUUGUCUCAUUAUGUUGUUAAUUUUUUUUCCAAAUGUAUUGUUUCUUGUAAUUAUUUAUGUUUUGACUCUGUUCUUUCAAAAUGUUGAUUUUUAAUGAAUCAAAAAUAUGAUUUUUUUAUUUCAAAAAAUUCUUGUAAAAUUGUAAGGCUUUUAAAGAAAAAAACACGAUGUGAAAAUUCUGGCAAACAAAAAACAAAACAAAAUUCCGAUAUUUUUUUUUCCAUUGUAAAAAAAAACAAUUAAUUAUUGCUUGUAAAAUUGUGCCACAUACUGAAUAAAUCCUUUCAAUUUGCUUAAUUCAAACAUGUAGAUCGGUUGUACAUGAUUAAAAUGUGUUACAUGAACAUAUAUUAUUUGAUAUAUUUUUUUAAGAGAGGAAAAUGAUUUACCACAUUUUAACCAUGUGCAAUUGAAAAUGAAGUAUUUUAUUUCAGUGUGUGACCCUAAUCCUGUAAUCCGCCCUCAUUUUGCAAAAAUGUAUUGUAAAGGUUUGAGAAAAAAUAUUUCAAAAUUUGUCACAAAGUAUACAAAAAACUGAUUAUUGAAUAUUUUGCUGUUUUUGAUUUUUACUUUAAAGGUAUUCAAAAAAUAUUUCAAAAUUGUUACAAAAUUCAGAUGAAAAAAAAGAAAUCGUGACAAACUUGUGCAAUUUUUACAAGAAAAAAAAAAGAAUUUCGAGAGAAAAAGGAAGGUGGCAUUAAGUUGUUCUUGAAAAACGAACAGAUUUUUGAAAAAGACCCCAUCAAAUGGUCACAUUUUUCUCCUCAAACUGUGAAAACAUGAAUAUUAUUUCUCUUCAUUGUGGCCCCAAGCCCCGGCCCCCGUCGUCGUCUUUGACCCGUCGUGUCUGUCGCGACCAGCGAUUCGGUGACGUUUUCGGUGUGUUCCAUUGGCAUCACGUGAGUGUGUGUCAACUGCUGCUGUGUGUUCCCAAUAAACAUGAGCAAACCCUCUUGUGGAGGUUAAAAAAACACCAGUAUGUUUAUUUUGCUGCGCUGAAUCGGUGCGCUGACUUCAGCCGCUUGACUCGCCUUCUAUUCGAGCCGGCGUGACUCAUUUAUUGAAGGGGGGCAACGCUGUAAAAAGUGUCCGCCGGACGCCAGUUGCACAGCUUUAAAUCAAGUCUUUUUGGUCACCAAAAUGAGGACUGAAGAGUUAUUGCAGUGAGGCGAAGUCGAUUGUGUUCACUGUUUGAAGUUUGAAGGGGUCUUUAAAGGAGUUUGUGAAGUCGGUGGGGGGUGAUUUUUUACAGCCUUCCACGCUGCUCGGGCGCUUUCCAGAGACUUGAGCCGCUAUAAAAAGAGAGCCGCAGGCGGGGCCGGCCGUUCAGUCCUUUUUGCACAUUGGACGCGGACGGUGAUGCGCCAGCCGCUCCACACUCCUUUCAAGGCCUCUGGGACUCUUUGGUGAUUAAGGCCUAUACAAAUAGACUGGACUGGACUGGACUGGACUGGACUGGACUUGACUGGACUUGACUUGACGAGUUCUGUUGACUUUGAUCGGACAUGGCCGAGGGAGACUUUUACGCCGUGGGCGGGCGCCAGAGGUUCCCGCGGGACCCGUUCGGAGAGUCUAUGGCCUCGCGCUUCCUGGCCGACGACGACUUCGGCUUACCGCCCUUCCCGGACGACCUGUCCGUGGACUGGCCCGGCUGGGCGAGGCCGGGCCGGCUCGGCUCCCGCCUGAGCUCGGCGGCGCCCUUCGGGAGCGGCCUGCGGGCGGCCUUCCCGGAACGCCGGCAGCGACAAUCGGGCGCGGGGCCGCUGUACGGCGCCGGACGGUACGGCGAGGCGUCGCCGGGGAGCUCGCCCGUCGGCGGCGCGCCGGGGGAACCGUGGAAAGUGUGCGUCAACGUGCACAGCUUCAAGGCGCACGAACUCAACAUCAAAACCAGGGAAGGAUUCGUCGAAGUGUCAGGAAAACACGAAGAGAAGCAAGAGGAAGGAGGAAUCGUCACCAAGAACUUCACCAAGAAGAUCCAGAUCCCGAUGGACGUGGACCCUCUGACGGUGUUCGCCUCGCUGUCUCCCGAGGGCGUGCUCAUCAUCGAGGCUCGCCAGACGCCGCCAUAUUACCUCUUCAGCGACGCCGCGACGCCACCGCCGCCGCCGCCCGAGGAGGACGCGGACUCCGCCCCUAAGCUCCAGGAGGCGCCGGUGCACUAAACAAACGCACCCUCUCUCUCUCUCCUUUACCUCCAGUCUCAUAGAUUGAACAAAAUGACCUUUUUUUUUUUUUUUCACAUUGUUUGUGUCCGAUGACAAAAUGUAUGAGGUCAUGGUGUUGCACAUUAUUGCGCAAUACCAUGACAUCAUGCAAAGAAUGAAGCACUGAACAUUGGAGGCUUUUAGGACUUAAAUGAGAACUCGUGUCUGAUUUUUGUUAGUUUAGUUCAAGACUUGCGCAAGAGCCCUGUUGAUUUUGGACAGAUCCAAGGAGGUGUUUUUGUUUUUCCCAGGAUCAGCCGUUCUAACGGGUACCCGGUCUUAAAUUGAUGUCCAAUUUGUUUGGUGCCACAACAAGAACUCAAUUGAUUUUUUUUUUUUUUUUUUUACAAAUCCAAGAAGGCUGGGGUGGCUGGGGUCAAAGGUCAAAUCUGUUUCCGUCUUCCAAAUUGUCAGUACCCACUUUCGACCUUCCAGGACCUUUUAUUCAAUGUCGGCGCAAGAACUCGAUUGAUUUGCAACCUUUAUUUUUGCAUCACUUCACUCAAAAUGGCCGAGAAAAGCCAAAAUGUCUUCCUGUUGUGUGUGCUGUUUUGUAAAUAGUCUUCAUGUGGACUCUUCAUCUGGAUAAAAGUCUGCGUUUGCAUUGGUUUCUUUUCUAAUUGAGUUUUGUUGUUGUUUGUUUGUUUGUUUCUGAUGCAAUCAAAUGUCCAACUAAGUAGCACUUUUGGCGCGCAGGUGAGCGCGCGUCUUCGUUUCGUCCGUUGAUGGAUCGGCACGCUUUUGCAGGAACUGGUCCCUCAUUGGUCGCUCGCCGCGUCAUUCAAGCUAGGUACAGGAGCUACGGGGUUGCCGCGGCAGCGUCGCCGUCGCUUUGAUGUUUCGAAAACGUGAGACGACUUCUUUUGCACUUUUCCAGUUAGCGUUUGAGCAGACAAUCAUUUCAUCGAGCGGUCGCGUGUCAAUAAUUGCAGCGAUGAGAAGGUGGUUUGCAAAUGGGAAAUCAUUUUUGACUCAUAACUUUCUCAGCAACGGACUUGUUUUUUUUUUAUUUUCCACAUUGGAUUUUUUUCAGUCGACGUGUCAAUCGUUCUUGCUAGCAGUAGCAGCGAUUGGUCGCAACGUUUGGAAAAUGCAAAAUCUAUUUUUGUAACUUACUUACUCCCAGUGCUAGUAAUUGGUUCGGAAAUGGGGAAAUGAUGUUUUUAGACGUUUAAAAUGUCAUUUUCACUGCUUUUCGGUCAGCGUUGGCGCAGUCGUCGUUCGGUCGUCACGCCAUUCUCAGCCAGCGCUGGCGACCGGUCACUAGAGGGCGCUCGGGCGCCGCCCAUCGCGCCGCAUGCUCACCACAUUUGCUUUCCUACGGCACCAAAAAUUCAAUGCAAACGUUGACAAUUAAGUAAGAACCAUUUGAAAUGUUCCUUUUUAAAUGAAUUCCAGCACCCCUAAACAUUUUUAACUGUUUUUUUAAACAACUUAGUAAAGUUUAAAACCACAAUACAGUAGCUUGUUAAACACAUAAUAUUUGAAGAACAAAAUAAUACAGCAAAAAUGGUUUGUGCCACCAUUUUAAUCGUAGGUCACUGUUUAUGCUGGUUUGUUGUUGUUGUUGUUGUUGUUGUUGUUUUAGCUAUAGCAAAGGAUUCCAGCGGGCAGAUAGUACCGCUGCCCUCUGUCGGAAGUGGAAUGAGAGAAGUUAGUUGCUGUGUCAUGUACAAGUCAUCACAUUAAAGUCACGGAAGCUGAAUCCCAGCACCCCGAAA